UCUUGCGGUCCUUUGGGAACAAAAGAAUCACAAAUUGACUACGUCAUUGGUCAACAAACGGUUCAAGCCAACAAUCAGUUUUCUUCGCGGCGUGUCCCGAUCAGCACAGCUCUCUCUAGAUCCGGAUCCGUCUUGUUGCUUACUGCCGAAAAUGAUCUUUCCAAUACCUUUCCUCUUCGGAUACACUUAACUCACAGCGGCAGUGAUAAACUAGAUACAAUGGAUCACAUAUCAGAUUGCAUGCCAUUUGAUCAUUCAACCAACUUCCAACAAUCUUCACUUGACGACGUAAACUCUUUUAACCUGAUUACGAAUGGUUUAGAGGCUAACAAAGCACGUUCUGUAGACCUUGCAUCUGAUUCUUCAUCUCUAGUUCGAAUGGAAUUUGUGGAUUCAACUGUUCGGUCCAUGUCUCAAUCAGGUUUACUUUCUGGUAACCAACUAAGGCAAAAUGACUGUGCCUCCUCUAUUUCUAGUUCCUUAGUUGGCCAUGAAACGAUUAAAUUCGACCCUCUAUCAACAAGACUUGCGAAACCAUUUAAUGUAUGGGUACCUCAGUCAGCCCAGCCUACUUGGCAGUGCCAGCUGCAACAACCGAGGAGCCAAUCGUUACUACAUCAGUAUCAAUUAGCAGAAAAUUCGAAAAAUAUUUUUACAAGCUCAUUUGCAAAUAUUGUUCCCAUUCAACAAGCGGCAUUAUCUACCCAACUUUCUCCUCUCACUGCUCUUCAAGUUGAUAAUAUUCCAAAGCCUUCUGUUCUCCAAAAGACACCUGAUCAAUAUUCAAAACCACUUUCUUCAUCUGAAUCUCACUCAUUAAUUAUUCAGCCACUUUGCCUUUCAAGUUUUUCUCCUCAAUCCACUAGAAUAUCAAACUGGAGCCCCCAAAUUACUCCUUCGGGUGAACCUCAUCCCAUACCUAAUCAACAAAUUCCAUCCACCUUGCCCGUGUCUGCAUUUGCUUCCCCUUCAACGCAAAUGCCACUCCAACUAGCUCCGCCAAAUGCUCCUUCAGAUCAGAUUUCACUUACGUUUUUACCGUUGGACGAAAUUGAUCAACACUUAGCCUUUACCUUCCCGGCUGUAGACCCACUUUCCACAGCCAAUAAUCAUCAUGUCGAAUUGAAUCAGGCAACUGAUGGGAUUGGCCAAUCUACUAGUGAUUUCAAUUUAAAAAUGUUAAAAGGCAAUUCAUCGGCAACCCGUGUGUCCCCAGCAUCAAUUUCGGAUAAAAACGAAGGCUUCUAG